GGCCGAACUUGGUCAUGGUGUUGUGUUAUUUGUCUAAAAUUUCUCCCAUAAACGAUCGCAGUCGCCAAAAUAUGAGCUGGUUAUUUGGAUCAUCGAAACCUCCGAAGUCUCAACUACCACCUACGACAGCUUUACAGCAACAGAGACUAAAACAGAUCGAAUCGUUGCGUACGCUUCACAAUAUCACAGAAGUUCAGAGAGAUGUGGAAUACAGAGUUACCUUCAAUGUGGGAACCUCAACUGUUUUUCUGAACAUAACCCUACCCCCUCAGUUUCCUAAUGAAAGGCCAGUUGUUAAAGUAUCUCCACCUUUGCAUCAUCCAUGGGUUAAUGAUCAGAUGAUGGUGGUGGGAUGUCCUGGAAUAAAUAGUUUUUAUAUGCACUCCAACCUGGGGAGAGUCAUCACAGAGGUUUUAAAGGAAUUCUCUGACCACCCCCCUCAGUUUCGUGGUCCUCUCACAUCUCAGCCACAAUUCCCUGCAAGUUCAAGUGGUUAUCAGCCACUAACUCAAUACAGCUUUCCCAGUUUUCCUGGUUUCCAGUAUACUCCACAAUCUACUGCUCCUUCCAGUACACCCUCCUUGUCUUCACUGAAUUCACCUGUAAGCCAGUACUCUGCUCUCUCUGUUACCAGUGCAGGGGCUAUGCCACACCUAGGCAGUAACUCACAGAUCACUCAGACUACUCCAUCAAGGCCACCAGUACCCCCCAGGCCAACUCAACCAGCAAAAGUGCCAAACUCAUUCCCAGAGCUUGAUGGUUUAAGUCUUGAGGAGCUCAAAGAUCUUAUUGAUAAGCCUGAAGUAAUGGACACAUUUUUAGUCAAACUAGAAUCAAUGAAAAAGCUAGAGGCUGAUAAAGAAGAAGUGAUAAAGAAAAAUGAAGAAAUAGCGAGGUUUAAUUUGUCCCUUCAAUCAACUUUGGAGGGUAGUAAAGAUGAACUAUUGAAAAAGUGUGAACGCGUAUCCGAGCUGAAAGGAGAGUUUGCAAACAAAAGUCAGAAACAGAAGGAGCUUAGUGAGGUAUUGUCUCUGGUCCAAAUAAGAACGCGCUUGGAAAUAGCAGCAGCUCAGGCAGAAGAAGAAUCGGAUGCCAUCGCUGAUGAGUUUCUUUCGAAGAGUAUGACGCCAGAAGAAUUUAUACAGAAAUUUUUAGAGAAGCGAAAGCUGUGUCAUAGUCGAAGAGCGAAAGAAGAAAAGAUACGGCAUAUGCACACAAGAUAUUAAUUAAGCUUAUUUUUUUUUAAACUAAUCAUCCAAGGAGUCAUCUGACACAAGUUGAUGUUGGCCGUCGAAUGCCCAAUGAUGUUCGACCUUUUCAUGUAGGAAUAUCACGUGACUCCAUAAGCCAGAGCGAGCCACGAAUUUAUAAUGCAACGUUGAUACAAACGUUUAGACUUUGCAGAAAUUGUACAUAAUGCAGCAGUUAAGCACGAAAUAUUGGGCCACGAUUUGCUUUAUUUUCCGAAAUUCACUUGGAAUGACACAGUUGUCUUAUCUUUAUUUUGAACGGUUUUGUCCACCUGUUUUCUCAGAGGGCAAUCGAAGCUAUAAUACCAUACAACCCAGACCAAACGAUUAGAAUUAUUAUCAAUAUAAUUGCGAUAAGAGGAAAGUGAAGAUUUAAACUUAUUUAAAAAGAACAUUACACUCAAAGAGAACUUGAACAUGAAUAGAAUUGUAAAAUUUGAUAGAGGAAACAGAAUAGAAACUAUGGAUGGAAGAUGGAUGUUUUAAGACUUGGUUAUGAUGCCUUCUCGUCUUGAUAAUGCUGUGGCCUCACGAUUAGCGCUCUGGACGCAUGAGGGUUUGGUUCCAGCCCUUGUAAACAGAAUAGGUCUUUAAGAUAACACGAUGGCCUGGGUCGACAACUUUGAAAAGGUACCAAAAUUUAUAUCUUCAUAAUCAUCAGAGAAGCAUAUUGGAGGUUAUCUAACAAGCCUGCAUAACCAUGAGGACACAGAACUUCUUGCAUGAUGCUUGAAUUUGAACGGUGAUAACACCAUUUUCAGCGCUUAAGACAACCGAGUGGUCGGCGAAAACGACAUACUCGAGUUAUGUCAUGGAGCAAAUUUUAUAUCUAAUAAAUAAAACAGCCUACACUA